UACUUAAAUUAAUUUAAUUAACUAACCCGUUUACUAAUUCCUGCGCGUCUCGCGGAAACAUCAAUAAAUCAUGAAUGAAGCAACUCGAGAUUCAUGUCCUCCCUUUCGCCUCGUCCCUCGCUUGAAGCACCCGAUAUAACAUGUAUCGCGCCGGAGCCUUUCGAACCUAUACCCCUCAUAGCCGACAUCCUACGCACCGGAUAUUGUGUGCCCGGUUCUGUGUUCUUGGUUGAGGGAAUUGACUCGGUUCAUACGUCUAAAUCCAAGAGAUGGCGCGCCGUGCGCUUGCUACUAGGAGAUGGUGAACUAUGCAUUCAAGCCCUGCUCUCUGCUGAGAUGCACAGAUACAUAGAUCAGGGAGACAUCGCAUUCGGGUCCUACGUGAAACUAGAUCGAUUCCGAGUCGAACGGAAUGAUGCGUCCAAUAACCCCAAGAGAGCCCCUUCAGGCUCUAAGGGCAAGGAGAAGGAACGAGGUAGCCGUCACGCGGAAAAUAGUAUGGUUUACCUAGUUGUGGAGGAUCUUUCACUGGUCGGGUGGAAUAAUGCGCUCGUUGAUGUAAUGGACGUUGAAGUGACUCAACCCAACACCGAGGUCCAGGAAGAUCAGGCUGAAGCAAAACCCCCAUCUCCUCCCAGAGUCGACACGGUCGUAGCAAACCACGGCACGCAGUCAUUCGAUAGCGGAAUCGGUCUACCCAGAGAAAUCGAUGCCGACGAUGAUUUCGAAGUCAUGCCGGAUGCCGCCACGAAGGUAACACAAAAUCGACUCGAUCUCGCAACGAGGACCAAGGAUAAAGCAAACAACCUCCCCUGGUCCAGCAAUAACCCAGGCAAACCUUUAAAACUUACAAAGCUACGCUCAAUCCCCAAUUUACCGUAUAAGCAAAAUUGGAGUGUUAACGUACUAGCCGUCGUAUCGGCAUUAUCGCCAAUUGAACCGUCUGGCCUUCCGCCCUACACCCAGCGGCAGACGCGACUCGCGGAUCCGUCCACCGAUAAGCACGUGCUUCUUACCGUCUUCCUAGAUCCGGACCGGUUUGCGCCUGCCGUCGGAAGCGUCGUGCUCCUGCUUGGUGUCAAGAACCACCGUUUUGACGGCGGGUCCUUGAAGAAAUACGCUAGCGACCGACCGCCUAUUGGUCAGGAUUGGUGGUACGAGAAUCCGGCGCAGUUUGACUGGUGCGAUGUUGAAGGUCUGCGAACGUGGUGGACUGAGAAUCAAUUAUACUAAUUCCUCAUCGAGGGAUGAUGCACCGAAGACAUUAAUAGUUCCUGGGUGGGUUGAUAUACAGUUCUUUCGCCUAACGAAUAAAACAAUAUCAAAAUUUGCAGGACAUAUAUCAAUUUGUGUGUGAUAAUCCUAAUU